AUGGCUCAAAAUCUACCGCAACUUCCCCCGUGGGAGCAAGUCAGCACCAACGUGAUACGGAUCUUGGGCGGGAAUCCUGGCAAGUUUACCUUGCAAGGAACCAACACGUACCUUCUUGGACGCGGGCCUCGGCGUCUACUCGUCGACACCGGCCAAGGUGAGCAGGUGUGGGCCGACACGCUGCGCAGCGUUCUACAGCAGCAGUCCCCGCCGGCGACCGUGGCGGCCUGUCUCCUGACGCACUGGCAUCACGACCAUAUCGGCGGGGUUAAAGAUUUGGAUGCCCUCUCUGCAGAGACGAGGAGCAGCUCGCCAGGCGAGCGGGUCCCAGUGUAUAAGAAUCAGCCGACGCUGGACCCGGACGGCCUGCUUGACACAGACCGCCUGCUGGAGAUAGUGGACGGUCAACGAUUCCGCGUGUCGUCGGCCCCGUCCACGUCCGGCGGCGCGGGCGGCGACCAAAAUGUCACCGAAGGCGAAGAGACUUUCGAGAUCGAAGCAAUCCACACCCCGGGCCAUGCCAAAGACCACAUCUCGUUCCUGGUGACCCAGUCAUCGGACCCGGACGAGGUGGGCGCCAUCUUCACUGCGGACAACGUCUUGGGCCACGGCACUGCCGUCUUUGAAGAUCUCAGCGCUUACCUUGACAGUCUGGCGCUCAUGAAGCGACGGGUCGCCGAGAGCAUCGUGGCCCAAGACGGGGGGAGUGGUGCCUCGGAGGGUGCGUCGAAUAACAAGAUCAAGAUCAACGUCAACAACAACAUCAAGAAAAGGCGCGCGUUUCCCGGCCACGGCGCCGUCAUCGACGAUGCCGUGGCCAAGAUCGACGAGUAUAUCACCCACCGACGCCUGCGGGAAGAAGAGGCGCUGAACGUGCUUCGGUUCGGCACCACCACGAGGCCCGACGCGACCGGCGGAGAGCUAGUCCACGACUCUAUCACCACGUAUGAAGACGACGGAGAUGGAGGUGAAGGCGAGGCUGCCUCGGAGACAAGGCAUGCUUCUGCCGCGGGCGCGGGCUUGGGCCUGGGCAAAGAAAUCACCUCGGGCAAAGAGUGGUCGAGCAUAGAGUUGGUCAAGGUCAUCUACAGACACUAUCCCGAGAGCCUGUACCAACCCGCCGAGUAUGGCCUGUUGCGCGUGCUGGAGAAGUUGAGGCUCGACGGCAAGGUGGUCAAGACGCCCGAAGGGAAAUGGAGGAUCAGUGAGAAGGCCACGCUCUAA